AAUCGCACUUCAAUGCAAAGUGAAAUGCAUGACACACAGUUACUUGGAAGACGUGCGGACCAGCAGUUGACGCAACAUUCCGUUUCCAACAACGCACAGCAAGCCAACAACAACAAAAAAAUACUGCGGACCGAGGACUGGUGGCGCCCCUCUGUAUUCUAUCCGAGCAGCUGACUUGGACUUGGCCUUGCGUCAGGACGCGGAAAGACAGUCACAGUCACCCCGUUGUGGUGAUUAAUUCGUAAAUGUAAAUCGAAAUGAAUCACAGUUGACACAUCUGCAGCUAUCAGCGGCACCAAAAACAAUGGACAUGAGGGUUCACGCAUUUCGACGGCCUCCGCGGCAGAUGUUUCGGGGGCCUCUAGUUCCAUAUGGCCCGUUCCCGGGUCCUCGAAUCGGUGCGCAUGGAAUGCAUCCCGGGGUUUACUCUGCUCCUCACCUUCCUCCGGUGGGACCACUACGAGUGUUCGGACCGCCGCUCCUGGGCAUGCGAGGGGUGCCUCCUGGGGUGAUGCGUGCCCGACCAGGUUUUCCGCAUCCCAAGUUUGCCCCGUACGCGAGACCAAUGAGAAGCAAGAGCAUAAACACGAGCAAAGUGGUCAAAGAAGAAACUCCGACAAAAAAGGAAGAACCCGCCCCAGAAUCCAAAGCCGCAGAGAAAGCCACCAAGCCAGCAGAAGCAGUCACCAAUGGGAAUUCAGUGGCCGCAGCCGGGGAAGCUGCACCAGCCAAGGACGGAGAUUCCGCGGGUGUACCUCCAGAGAUGAUGCAGCCGCUCUACUGCAAGCUGUGCGACGCAAAGCUGAACGGCAGCCUCCAGGCAACAGCGCAUUACGGGGGGAAAAGCCACGCCAAGAGAGUGAAGCAAUACCUGCAGAAUCACGGCCUUCCUGUGCAACAGGGAGCGGCAGCUGUGGUCAACGGCAAAGCGACAGAGAAAAAGUCCACGGAGACCCUGGAGAAAUUCUGCAAACUGUGUGACGUUGCCUUCACUUCUGAGAUUCAAGCUAAACAACAUUACGAGGGGCGCAAUCAUCAACGCCGACUCCGCGGGGAGCCGGCACUGCCUAAGGGGUUCUUUAAUCCCCUCACGGGGCGAUGGCAGAGGCAGCCCCCUCCGGGAGUAGCGAUCAAGGGCCCAUCGAGACACCAGCAUAAGCCAUCCCAGCUAGGAAAUGCAACCAAGAGCUUCUCCUGCAACCCUUGCAGUAUGAGCCUCACAUCGGAGCAACAACUGACAGCACACCUGAUGGGGGCAAAGCAUAAGGCACGUACGGCCAGCAUAGCCGCCACUCCCACCGUUGUCACUCAGCCUCUGGCACUCUUUGUGGCUGGAACACCGGUCGCUGCAUCGCCUUAUGUCUCUGCCUGCGGCACCUGCUGAAGAAGUUCACUUAACGGUACUUCGCUCCUUUGUGAAUUGUCAUCUUUCGUGUCUUGACCAUGUGAGUGGCAAAUGAGUCAUCUUUUUUUUUUUUUCUUCUCCUUUGUUCUUUUUUACUCUUCUUCAAUUUCAUGACUGGCCUACUGUGAUGUGUUUUGUUGAGAUGUAAGAGAACGAGUUUGUGUUGGUUAGACACUGGCGUUACCAAAGGACCAAACACGGGGGAAAGCGUUUACGAUGGUCUCGUUAAGAUUUUGCAAUACAUUCUUUAGUUUACCGAUGUGUGUGUUACGGGCCGAAUUUUUUUACGUCUCGACCGCAUAGUCAGAUGUUUGUGUCAGACAGAGAGCCAGUGAGAAGCUAAGCCCAAGACUUGCCCCCAUUUUGUUUUUAUUUGUGUAACCCUGAUUGGAUGACACCUCACGCAUCACUCAGCUUGUGGAGCAGCGCGACUGCAAUGUCAAAAGAGAUUGAGGUGUGACUCACCCAUAAUCACUCACGUAAUGUUUUACAACCUGCAUGGAAAAGAAUUUGAUUGAACAGUGAAAGGUUAGUGGCCGGCUAAACCAAGUGAGACUCAGUAGCAAUGUUUUAUCAUUUACAUUUGAAGUUCAAAGGAUUCACAGUUAAUGGCACUGGAGGUUUGUCAGAGAGUGACUCUCUCUCCUAGAUGGUGAUUUAGUGUACUUUAUGCAGCUUUAUGUCAGUGUUUUUGUUGAACCUCAGGUUGCGGUUCGGGAGGUUCGUGUGUUUUGAUGUGAGAUGAUCCGAAUUAUCUUUGCUACGUGGACGUCACAUCAGUUAUCGGUGUGAUGAUUAGAGUAGGGUCCACAGGUAUGUAAUCCCAUGUAUCUUUGACAUGUUCUACAAUGUUAUUCUACAUCAAACCUGGGCAGAGAAGAGCUUGAUGGCACCCGAGAUGUCACCAUCAGUUACAAUCAUUAUAGGUGGUGGGCCAUGUAACUGCUCGACGAUAUAGUGAUGACGCUUUAUCCAACUGUAACAUGUGCAAUCACGUAAACACUUCGUAGGAAGUUAGUCCCGGAGAAAAUGUUAUAAUUCUUUAUCGGGCUUUAGGCAACACGUGCGAUGCUUGCAAAAAACGUGCACGUUCCUUGCUCGUUUCCAAAGCGUGUCUGAUGACCACCGAAUCGUUGUGUGGAUUGCGUGUAAUAUCCCUAGCAGUUAGGAAUACUAUUAUUGAACACUGUGAUAAAAAGGAGAUAGAAAGGAUAGGAAGACGUACUCACGACUCAUGAUAACAAACAUAUAUUCAGCAUUGCGUUAGCUGAUGUAACCGUUUUGAACACACUGUGAUUUUUAGUUAGUGCGUACUACGGACCAUUUCUAUCUGACUCUCUCUCCUAGUGAGCUUACUUAUGUGUAGUGGAUGUAGUUUAUUUAGAUGUCGUGCCCUGAAGUGUGUUUAGUGGCUGAGAGAUUUCUGGCGGAUGUUGUUCCUCGUCGUCGUCACGGCAUUGCCUUCGGAUCGACAGGAGAUGUAGGGAUGGUCUCGGAAGGAAAGGGAAGCCGAUACCUCAUUAGGUGUAUCACCCCAUCAGCAACCUAUCUGUGAAAGAUGAGAGGUACAAUCACAAGGUGUGCACAUAUCAACUUUUAUGCUUGCCUCACUGUGGGCAAAAGGGUUCUGGGGACAAUCGUGCAAGUGACAUGGACUCGGGCAAAAGGAUUUAGGGAUUUAAGGAUUUAGGGGAGUACCUUGCAUGUGAUGUACGCCAAGUUCCUAGUACAUGUGACGUGUUGCUUUGCCAAAACUCGCAGCAUUCUUUCUUGCCAUCUGAAAAUAUAACAUCCUGUGCUUAAAGGGGUGUAAUGUGCAUUUAUUAUCCUUUAAGAGUGGGCCUAGCAUUCUCAUUUGAAAAAAGGAAUUUGCCUGCUGCUUGUUGGGGGUGUACACUGCAGGUGCCCUCAUGCAAAUCGUUCUAACACAGUGGGGACAACCACAACAAUCAUUCAACGAUAAGGUACCGGACAUGAAGUUCUUCUCGUGGCAGUGCUUGUAACCGUACUGAAUCAAAUUUCAAUGCAGCUCAAUAUCACAUACGGUUCCAUAUGUGGCAAGUAUGACCUCUUGAAGGAAUAACACAUAUUAGAACGCACACUGCCAAAAGCAACAUAAUAUUGGCAACCUGGCAUCAACACCCACAUCAGUGUGAGUACAUAUCCUCACAUUUCUAAAGUCUAACCUUUGAUUGGUUUCAGUGAUAAUGCACACAGUAAAUUGGUGGAUACGGUGCACCUUCUGUGACACGUUUGAGCUUGACCGUAGGCAAUCUACACUGUACAUACAUGAAAGCCUUUGCCCCGUGCAGCUCCAAGCAGUUGAUCUCUAUAACGUGGAUCCUGGUUUUCUGCAAAAGUUUUCGGCAUGCAAUUAGUUGUCAAAAAGGACAUGCACACUUGCUGUCGUAUGUUACUAGCUAACAUAGCAACAGGACUAUCAUACAGUCUAAAGACAGUAGGUGUUGGAUUAUUCUAGCACAUAGUUUUGGACAGGCUUAGUAUUUACUACUCGCAUUUACUGGCUUAGUGUAUGUACGGGCUACGUAUUAAAGGUGCUUGAAUCGUAAUUUAAGUUAGCAUUAUUAGUCAUCGCAUACACUCCAACUUCGCUGCGUGUAUUUAUGCAUGAUUGGUCGUUAAAGUUUUUGGGAAUUCAGGGAUAGCAUACUUUGCUCGAAUAUGAGGCUCCUGAAAUUUUCACCGCACACGAUCCCAGUUAUUUGGGUGUCCAUGGGACAUCGGAUGGAUAUUGGCUGGACAUCAGUGGGAUAUCUUAGAUUGCAUGUUAUGGAACCCUUUAAUAAUUAAUUGGGUAAGUACAGUACAUAUGCGCAGUGUUGCAGUCUAACAGGCCAGUUGGAUGAGUAAACUUCGGUUAAGCAUUGUAUAGGAGCAAACUGAACUUUUUUACGCACCGCAUCCGUCACUUUGGUUGCGAGUUAAAAAAAAAUUUAAAUAUACUUCAAGAGACCAUUCGUUACGUUGCUUCUCGAUGGAUGUGACGUCAAAAUAUGUGAAUGGAAGUUAGGCGACUUAGCCCGAGAAGAAAGAAUUUCGAGAUAUAUUUAGAACAGAGCUAGCUUUGAUAGGUAUUUUGAUGGAGGACCCGUCACCACCUUCAUAUUUCUCAGUGGACACUAUCUUACUAUAACGUUUGAGGGGCCAAGUUUAAUCGCUUGAGGGACUCCUCUCGACACAAGUUAACUAGUGAGAUAGCACUUCCAAGGGGUGUUACGGGAGGUCUCGGAGAGUGUACAAAAAAAGGCAUUUCCUCGUAGUGUACCGGUGGUGUUGGACCAGUUAACAGCAUUGGACCAUCUUUGGAGUAGUGAGGUGCUCAUCGUCAUUUCUUUCCAUUCUAGAGCCUUGAGACAUUUGAUACGAUCUCUGUUAUAGAGAGCAUUUACAGUUUGACAGAUGGUUUUGGAUGUGACACAUUUACUGCUCCAGUUCUUUCAUAGAGGUUAUAACAUGCAGGGUGGCAUGUACUAUCAUCGCCGAAAAAAAAAAAAAAAGUAAGGUGUCACAAGUGCAGGGUUGUAGUCUUUAGCAAUGUGCCCAUGAACCGCUCGCAUUUACUGGAGGUAUAUAUAUCGACAAGUUUGUUAAUUAAGUUUGCAAUUCAGUUUCACUGUAAGUGUUUUUUAUAAAGUAGCAGAACAAAUGUUAAUCUAAUUAACAAAGAAUGAGUUCAGUAAAGCACAGUGUGCAGCAAUCUUUGCAGACGGCACGUUUCAGAGUGACGAGAAUUCUACGGAGCUUGUUUGAGCCUCGGAACUCUACGCGGGCGUGAACAAGGCGAAGAGUAUGUGGGUAGUAGUAGUAGUACUACACAUGUAUUGUUCACUUUGUUCACAUAAAUAUUUCCCCUUUAUAUUGUUGUAGAGCUGUGGAGGAUGUUUAUACGAAAGGAAACGUGUUUGAAGAAGGAUUGCGAAAUUUCUCCAGUGCUCACCUUUUCCAACCGUGGUGCAGAGCUGCGGUUCAAAGUGUGAAGUGUGUUUCAGGCUGUCAGAUGUUUCGCUUACUUUCAUUGGCUUAUGUCAUUGCAUUGAUGACAAAUCUAGAUUACGUCCGAUUUAUUUUUUAUUUCCUCUUAUCCUUUUUUAUUUGACAUUCAAUUUGAAGUUGACUCUGAGUUUGAGGAUCGAACAGGGUCUGUAGGAUCUUCAUGAUUGACACGUGUUGUACUAGUAGAUCAUCUGAUUGCAUCGUCUGAUCGAUCGAUUAGGUUGUCACACUCCAUCUGCUACCCGCAGAUCUGAUUACAACCCUGCACGUGUGGGGAGAUGUUCCGAGUGUCUUUUUUUCUUCUUCUUCGCAAAAUGUAGAAGGCUCCUGAGAAUGCAGAUAUUUUUGUUACAAUGUUCUUGUCAAAACUUUCGAUCUUGUUAGAGUAGUGCUUUAUCCUAUAUGCUAUAUAUAGUGUGUGUUUUGUCGAAUGACUACUCUAGUAGUUUUGCCUAGUUCAAAGCCGGGGCAGGGAGGCACUGCAUGUCUCUGUGAAAAUGCAGAAUAUGUGAAGAGAGUGGUACCUGAUGAAAAACCUCUUUAGAUGGGUGCUGAUGAUGAAGCACUCUCGUUGCUUGACCCGUUAAAAGUGAUGUGUUAGUUCCGUUGUCUUCUUUCAUUAUUUUGCGUACCUUCCUUUUGUGCAGAGAAUAGCAGUGUGCAUUACAGUGACUUUGCUCGUGGAGGAGUCAGCAGGGGAACUUGAUAAGAUUGGUGUAACUAUACUUGUGGAACAUCUUGUGCUUGCAUCCCGAAGAUGCGAAGAAAAUGAAUGAAGCUUGUAAGCAAGCACAGUGUGUCACUGUAGGCUUGCACAUUUUGACCAUUUUUAUUCCGUUAAUUAACAUUCAAGAGUAUGGGAAAGGACAUAGUGGUUUAGUACGCAAUAAUCAUAAAAGAAAUCUCCUCGGCAGACUGGGACAAAAGCCACAGUAUACGUUUAUCUCUGACUUUGACACUUGAGUAGUAUUUUGCAAAAUAUUAAACAAGCCCUAUACUUUAAGACAAGUUAACCUGUACAGGUCAGCCUUGCCCACAAAUCUAAAGGCAUCUGUGAUUGGCUUGGCUCAUAGUAAACCUUAACCAUAGUAAAUCUUAAAACAGCUACAGUAUUGUGUCACAAUUUGAACAUCCACUAGUGUUGUACGAAGGAUUAUUGAUGGUCUCGAAAAUUAUCGUUUUUUUUAUUUAUUUUUUUCAAAAAUGUUUCUAUUCGGAAAUUAAUUUCGUAAAGGCUUAACACCACUCAGCUUCGUGUUGUGCUGUAGACAUACUCUGUUUUUACGCAGUGCCUCCUUGUCCUAGAGGUGUGCUUGUCGUGCAAAUACAAACAGUGUCUGUUGCGUCUCUGUCAUCAUGCAUUCCCAUCUUGGGACAUCACUUUUUUUUGUGGAGAGAUUUUUGCAUUUGGAAAAGAACGUGUGGUAGCCAUGGUUUCCUACUUGACGGUGCCACAUCUGUCAAUCAAAGGUUGAGAAAGGUUAGUCGUUACAAAGUGUAAUUGAUUUUCUGUGAUAUUUUGUAAUGUUUUGUCCAGUGUUGAUGUUCCUGGAUUGCUAGUGCUUUUACUCACCUGCAAACCUUUCGGAAGCUCUUGACAGCUUUCGUGCAGUUCCGAUUAUGAGUGAACAAGUUUCUGUUUUUAAAAACAAUUCCUAUUUAGUUUUCUGGCUUUGCGACUGAUAUUGGUAUAAAUUCGUAUGUAUACUUAUAAUAAUAUACAGUGCAUUUUUACUUUCUUGCUCUGCAGUGUGUAUUUUUGGGUCCAGGACUUUAUAUAUACGGUUUUUCCUUUCCUACCCCCCUGUUGUGUGAGAAGGUUGGAAGUGGCAUUUGUUAUUGAGCUGCCUUUGUUAUUAUGGUUUGACAAAUAAACGAAAACGUCUUACAUUGGCAA